AUAUGAAAUUUUUGACUACACAAUAUACAAUAGUGUAUGUACGUGUGUACGUAGAAUACGUACUAUAUAUGGUGAAAGAAAAAUUCAUUUAAUUCGAUGUUGAUCUGUUUAAACAUCGGUGUAAUACCGGAUUAAUGAAUUUUUUUCUUUUACUAAAUGUAGUACGUAUUAUACGUAGAAAUAGUUAAAAAAAAGUUGUACAAAUAGUUGAAAAGUUGCAAGAAAUGGCCAAAGAAAACAUUUGUGCAUUAUGUGACACAGCAAUAGAUAUUGACAUUGUAAUGGACCAUGAGUGUUACAAAGGAUAUACUAAAAUCCAUGUUGAUGAUGCAGGCUACAUAUAUCCACAGCUUGAUAAUGGUAUGAUUGUCGACCCAAAUGAAAUUCAUGAUGAACCAUUGACCGAGAUUCUUAGGAAUGAAAUGUUGAUUAGCGAAGUCCAAAAGCGAGAAGCCUUAUGGAAUUUUAAAAUUCCUGUUACCGAAAGGGGCAGGAGUAUUAUUCAGAUAUUAUGGGAGGAGGUAGUGUCUGCUAUGAAUGGUAACAUCAAAGAUGUUAAUGAGGCCAAGAAUAUAUGGAAAAAACUUCGUUACAAUUACAGCCGAAUUUUAAUAGAGCAAUAGCAAGAAAAGCGGUUCAGCUGGUAGUGGAAUGAA